AUGGGUUCGACACUCUGCCAGAACCGUCUGAUUGAGGAGAGAAAGCAGUGGCGGAAAGACCACCCGUUCGGCUUCUGGGCCAAACCCCAGAAGAACCCCCAAGGUGUGCUGGACAUGAAGGUCUGGGAGUGUGCUAUUCCUGGCAAGAAAGACACAAUCUGGGAGGGCGGCCAGUUCAAGCUGCACAUCACUUUUCCAGAUGAAUAUCCCACGAAGCCCCCCAAGUGCAAAUUCGUCCCUCCUCUGUUCCACCCCAAUGUCUACCCUUCGGGCACCGUCUGCCUUUCGAUCCUCAACGAGGAAGAGGCUUGGAAACCGGCCAUCACUCUCAAGCAGAUUCUCCUUGGUGUCCAAGACCUCCUGAACGACCCAAACCCCGAGUCACCAGCUCAGGCCGAGGCUUACAACCUAUUCAAGAAGGACAGAGCCGAGUACGAAAGACGUAUCAAACGGAUUGUUCGAGAGAAUGCUGCUCCAUAG